AUGAGUUUAGUUAAAGGCACUUUACAUGUUUCAAUUUUAAACAACUACAUGGACUUCUAUAAAGAGAGAACUGUAGACAAAAUUGAAUCUUCAUUUUCUAUAAGAAAUAACAACGAAUCUAAUACAAAAAAUAAUGAAAAAAGGAAGUCCUCCUUAAAUAUGAUGAACGAAGAAGAAAAGAUGAAAAACAAAAUAUCGAAAUGCCCAAAAAACAACAACUUAUAUAAGAAAAAGAAAAGGAAGGAAAAGAAUAUAAUAAGUAAUAAAUCGAAAAGUAAGAAAUUUAUAAAGAUCCAUAUAAAAGGUAAAGAUAAAAAAAAUAAUAUAAAUGGAAACACUAACAAUAACAUAAACAAUAAGAACAAUAAUUGUAUUAAUAAGAGUAAUAGUUCUUGCAAGAAUAUUUUUAAAGGAUCCACAAAUAAAAGAAAUAGUAAAUUAUUAUUAAAAGACGAAUUAAAAAAUGAUGAAAAAAUAUAUCUUGAACAAAUUAAUAACGCAUUUAUUUCCUUGAACAAAAAUGAUAUGAACAUGAUCAGAAAAUGUAAAGAGAAAAAUCACUUAAUAAGACAAAUGAAUUCAAAAAUAAAAAAAAAAAGGAAAUAUAAUAAAAAAAAUGUAUUAAUAUCCAAACGAAUAAACAAAGAAAUUCAAAUCUUAAAAAGAAAUUAUUCUUAUAUUAUUUAUCAUAUCAAUGAAAAGAAAAAGACCACAAAAGAAAAAGAAAAGAAAAAAAAAAAAAGAAAAAAAAUUUUAAAAUCUAUAUUUUAUAAUAGAAAAAGGUCACAUUAUUAUAUAUCUAAUCUUUUAAAAACAUUUAUGAAGAUAAAGAAUAAUAAAAUACAAAAGAAAUUAAAACAAUAUGUAUAUCUGAAGGAAAUAUAUUCAACUAUAAAUAUGGAGAAUAAACAAACCUGUAACAAUUUAAAUGAACAGAAUAAGUCUGAAAUCAUUUAUGAUGAUUUAAAAAAAGUCCUGCAACCUAACAAGUGUGAUAAUAAAUUAUUUAAAAUGAAUUUAAAACGUUCAAAGAAUGUAACGAAUGAAAAAAAAAAUUAUAUAAACGAAAAUUAUAGUAAUAAUAAUAUUUAUAGUGAGGAUAAUUGUAUGGGUGAAAUUCUUAGUGAUGAUUAUAUAAUAUUAAAUAAAAAGAAAUCUAAUAAACUUGAAAACAAAAUAUCUAAUAAUAUUAUUAAUCAUAGACAUUGUAGUGAGGACAUGUAUUUGAACACAUCGAAAUUAAAAGAAAAUAAUAAUAAAUUAAUUAAUUCAUAUGUUAUGAAAGAAAAUGAUAUGAAUGAAAUGAAUUUAAAGAAUGAUAUUAAAGAAAAAGAAGAUCAAUUGAUUUUAAAAAAUGAAAAUAAGAAAAUACAAUUGUGUAAUGAAAACGAAUUAGAUAAUGAGAAAAAGAAUAAGGGGGAUAACAUAAUAUUGAAUAAUAUACACAAUAAGGAUAAUUUUUAUAAAUAUAUGAAUGUCUUGUCUAUUAAUAAAUUAAUAAAAGGAGAAGGUUCUUUAGAAAAAAGAACUAAUAAAAGUGAUAGUAGUAAUAAUGAACAUAAAAGUGAUAAUAUUUAUGAUGAUAAAAAAAUAAAUUAUAAAAGUGAUCCAAAUUAUACUUCCGAUUUGUUACAAAAAAGAGAUAAUAGUAGUAACUUGUUUGAUGAAGCAAAAGAAAAAAAAAUUAAAGAAAAAAAAAUGAAUAGUUGUGUUAAUAAAAAUAUAAUGGAUCAUGUUAAUUUGGAUGAGCAUGAAGAAAAUGUAAAAAAGAAGAGGAAAAAAAAAAAAAAAACUAACAACAAAGAAAAAUAUAAUAUGAAAAAUAAAAGUGACCAAAUGUUUGAAGAACAUACAAGUACAAAUGGUUGUAUUAAUAGUAAUAAUAAUAAUAAUAAUUAUAUUAUAUUAACAGGUAAUGCACAAAAUAUUAGUGAUGAAGAAAUAUCUGAAUAUAUAACAAAACAAGGUUUGAAUUUAAAAGAAUAUCUUAUAUGGAAAGAAAUAAAGAUUAAAGAAAGCAAAGAACUUAUUCAUUUAAAUGUAGAUGCAUCAUUUAGUGUUUCGAAGGGUGCUGGGUUAUAUAAUUAUGGUCAGAAUAUAUGUUUCUUUAAUAGUAUUAUUCAAGCUAUUAUAAGAAUUCCUUAUAUUUGUAAAGAUUUAUUAAAUAAAUUACAUUCAUUAAAUUGUGAAAAAAGGAAAAAAAAAACAUUUUGUUUUUAUUGUUUAUUUGAACAAUUCGCUUGUAAUAUUAUAUCAAAAAAAAGUGUAAUAAAAAAUGUAUUAAUACCUUAUAUAAAGAAAUAUAUGUGUAAUAGUUAUCAUAUAGGUUAUCAAGAAGAUGUACAUGAAUAUUUAAGAUAUUUUCUAAACUCUUUAGAAAAGACAUCUUUUUUUUCAUCGAUUUAUAUACAGAAAAUGUUUACAGGAGUAUCAAAAAAUGUAACCAUAUGUAUGAAUUGUAAUAAUGUAUCACUUAAAUAUGAACAAUAUUAUGAAUUAUCUUUAGAUAUUAGCUCAUCUAAUAAUUUGGAAGAUGCCUUAAAGAAUUUUUUGUCCAAGGAAAUGUUAGUAGGUGAAAAUGGAUAUUAUUGUGAAAAAUGUAAAAAAAAAAAAAAAGCAACAAAACAAUGUGUUAUUAAUAAAUUACCAAGAGUUCUAACUAUACAAAUAAAAAGAUUUUUUAUGAAUUCAAAUUUUGAUAUAGUAAAAAAUCACAAAAAUAUAUCUUAUCCAUUAUAUUUAGAUAUGAAAUAUUAUGUCAAUAAUUAUGAUUUAUUCGAGAAUAAUUUUAAUAAUAAUGUUAUAUCAUUAUAUGAAAAAAUGAAUAAAACAAAUUGUGUAGGCACUACCAUGAAUGGAAAUAAUAAUAAUAAUAAUAAUAUAUAUCAUGAGAAUAAUUCUUGUAAUAUAAAUUAUAAUAAUACUGCACAGAAAAGUGUAAAUGAAGAAAAUAUAAUACCUGAACAUUCAUUUAGAAGAAACAAAAUUAAUUACGAAAAUGAUUUUUUUUUAAAUAAUAUAAAUAAAAAGAGAGAGUGUUCUAAUGAUGAUAUUAUUUGUAAUAUAAAUAAUAAUGAAGAUAUAUUUCUUAAUAAUAAAGAAAAAGAAUAUAUGAUAAAAGAAAAUUAUAUGAAUACUAAUCAAUGUAUUAAAUUAAGAGGAGGAAAUGAUAAUAUAAAUAUACACGUCCUAAAAAUUAUUGAAAAUAUUUUAAUUGAUCUCAAAGAAAGUUUAUAUAAAAAACAAAUACAAAAUAAAUUGACAUCAAAAGUUUUAAGAAAUAUGAUACGAGAAAAAAAAAAACUACUGAUAAAAGAAUUAAAGAAAAUAAAAUUUUCUAAAUUAUAUAAAGAUAUAUCUUUAAGGAUAUCUAAAGAUAUUGAUAUGUUAUAUUAUUUUUUUAAAGUAAAUAGAGAAAAUGAUAAAUUUAAAAAAAUAAUAUAUAAAUAUAAAAUAGAUUAUUAUGAAUAUUAUGUUGGAUCUACAAAUUUUAAGGUAGAUUUUAUAAAAUAUAAUCAUAAUUUCGAUUCUCCUUCUAAAGAUCAUGAUAAUAAUAGUCCUCUUCAAAAUAAUGAUGUAAAUAAUAAUAGACAAUCAAAUGUAAAUUUGAAAGAGCAAAAUAUGAACAACACUAAUAAAAAAAAAAAUAAUUAUUUUUCAUUCGAAUUAACAGGAUUAAUUAAACAUAUAGGAUCUGGAACAGAUUAUGGACAUUAUAUCGCUCUAACCAAAUCUAAUAAUAAUAUUUAUUUACAAUGUGAUGAUAACCAUAUUUCAUAUAUUAAUAGAAAAGAUAUUUUAAAGUGUGUAAAGAAUGCAUACGUUUUUAUAUAUACAUGCAUCAAUCCGGAAUUUAUCGAUUUUUAUAAUAAAUAUGUAGAUGUUUUAGAGAAAAAAAAUUUUGAUAUCAAUUUACCUGUAUUUGAAAAGAGAGUAGAAUUCAAAGAAAGAAUAACAAUGCCAAAAGAAAAAUUUAUAAAUAAAUCGUUAUGCUAUUAA